CCUUUCCUGUUUGCAGGCAUUAUGGAAGAAGACCUGGCUUCUCUGUUCUUCCAGCAACAGUAUAUGUGCUCAGAGUGCGGGCGUCUCUACAACACUUUUGAAGAGGUGCUGAUCCACCAGGAGGACCACCUAACAGAGCCCUAUGAGCCCCCUGCUGCUGAUGCCACUGCCGCUGCUGCCGCCACCACUGAGGUGGACGCUGGGCCUCAGCAGGGCAACCGUUACCAGUGCCUGGAAUGUGGGUGUGUCCUCUUCUCACCGGAUGAACUGUUAGCCCACCAGGAAGUGCAUCCCCGGGAGGUGCCAAGCCAGCCCCCACCUCCGUCACCUUCCGCGGGACAGAUCCGCUACCAGUGCAAUGAGUGUAACAAACUGUUUCCCUCCACAAGCCUGUGGCUGGUGCACAGGCAGACACACCAGAAGCAAGAGGCCGCAGGGGAGUCCCGGCUGUCGGUGCCGUCCUCCCGCCAGAUGGCGCCUUCCCCGCCUGUCCACCAACCAGCUCCGCAGCCCUCCCCGCCGGAUUCCCCUCCUCCUCCCCCCCAACCCGCUCCACCCAUUCAUCCCUAUGAGUGCUCAGAGUGUGCCUGCCUCUUCCCGACACCGGAGGAGCUGCUGGAGCACCAAGGUGAGCAUUUCACAGAGAUUGAGAAAGAAAGCGGGGAGGCGCCCGAGGCCGCAACCCAGGAGACUGGCAGUCCACACGCGUCCGCAACGCCAGGCCCCGAGGAGCCCCCAGCAGCCAUUCCUCCUGCUCCGGCCUUCUCCUGCAGCGAAUGCCAGCAAGCCUUCAGUACGGCGGAGGAGCUGCGGCGGCACCAGCAAGAGCACCUCAGCAGCACCGAGGAGUUCCUGUGUGGCGAGUGCCAGCGUGGUUUCACCACGGCCAAGCGGCUGUUAGCCCACCAGCGGGUCCACGUGGACGGCACCUACGAGUGCCCCAACUGCAACAAGAUCUUCAAGAAGGCGGCGUCCCUGGAGCAGCACAUGCGCAUCCACAAAGGGGAGGCGCUCUACCUCUGCGUGGACUGCGGGCUCGGCUUCUCCACCGAGAUGACCCUGAUCGUGCACCGCAAGAGCCACACGGCCAACCCCCUGCACCGCUGCCACUGUGGCAAAACCUUUAGCAACAUGACAAAGUUUCUCUACCACCGUCGCACCCAUGCUGGGAAGAGCGGGGUCCCGCCCGCCCGCGGGACAGGAGACCAGGUACCCAGCCAGCCUCCUGAGGCUCCGACUGUCAGCGAGUCCGCCAUGAACGGCUCCUCUUCGUCCUCCGCUCCCAGCCCAGGGACAGCCACCGAGGUGCCCAGCGCUGGCUUCCUGUGCCCUCAGUGCGGAAAGGCCUUUUCCACCCACAUCCGGAUGGUGCGGCAUAAGCGGGUGGUGCAUGUCCUGGAGCGCAAGCACAAGUGCCCCACCUGCGGCAAAAAGUUCAAAAAGCUGGUGCACGUGCGGAACCACCUGAGGACGCACACCGGGGAGAGGCCGUUCCAGUGCUCGGAGUGCGGCAAGACCUUCGUCUCCCAGGCAAACCUGGCCCGGCACCACGUGACACACACUGGAGAGCGCCCCUACCAAUGCCAGGUCUGCGACAAGCGCUUCACCCAGUCCUCGAACCUUCGCCAGCACCGCCUCUUGCACGCGGCCGCCAACGGCGAGGGGCCCCAGUCGGCUCUGCACCGGGCAGCGCACGCGGGCUGCUUGGCCUUUUCUUGCCCGGACUGCGACAAAUGCUUCCCACGCCGCCACCUCCUGGAACUGCACCGGCUCAGCCAUUCCGGGCAGGAGCCUCAGCGCUGCUCAGACUGCGGCGUUCUCUUUGUGCUGACUUCCAAAUUGCAGGAGCACCGCUGCGGCCGGCGCCGGGAGCACGCAGCGGCACAGUCUUACCCUUGCCUGUCGUGCGGCAAGUACUUGGGCUCUCUGGCAAAGCUGGCCAUGCACCAGCUGGCCCAUUCAGGCCAGCGCCCUCACCUCUGCCCGAUUUGCGGGAAGGCCUUCACCACCGCCAGCGGGCUGAGCCGGCACCAGCAGCGCCACGCCGGCCUGCGGCCCCACAAGUGCCCCGUCUGCGCCAAGAGCUUCGUCGCGGCCUCCGGGCUGCAGCUGCACCAGCGCAUCCACACGGGCGAGCGCCCUUUCCCUUGCCCGGACUGCGGCAAGGCUUUCCGGCAGGCCACCCACCUGCAGGAGCACAGGCGGCUGCACACGGGGGAGCGCCCCUACCUCUGCCCGGACUGCGGCAAGGCCUUCGUGCAGUCUAUGCACCUGGCCGAGCACCGCCGCAUCCACACCGGCGAGCGCCCCCACCCCUGCCCCUUGUGCCCCAAGACCUUUAAGACACUUUCCAACCUGCGCAGUCACCGCAAGACCCACACGCAGCUGUUGGUCAAUCAAGGCGUGCUCCAGUCCUCCGGAGCCUUUGCGGCAAGCGCCCAGCCAACCUACGCUAUUAUGUGCACUGAAUUUGGGGAGACGAUCGCGAUCAUAGAGAGCUCCGAGCCGCUCCCUUUGGGCGGAACGAUAGAGAUUUACGAGGCUACGCUGGAAGGUAAUAUCCAGGUUAAUGCCUUCGUAUAGGGGCUGAGCGUCUCUUAGUUCAUCCUUGCACGGCGGCAGGAAACAGAGCACAGUCUCCAUCAUUCUGUGUACCAGUCAAGCUUGAGUCCCCUGGCACUUUUGCCCCAGUCCCACGGUGCCCAAAUGGAACCUGUUCAGUUUGCAUUGGGGCCGAGCCCCCUUGCUCACAUGCCUCGUACAGAGGAUUUUUUGGGGAACAUUGCCUUUUUUUUGCGUGCAGGGUGUGGUGCCAUAGAGCGAACUGUGAAGUUUGGUACCGUCCCAACUGCACAUUUAUUGUAAAUAAAAAGUUUGGUUAUAUUCA